AUGACCACCACCCCACCCGAAUCCCGCAAACACGACAUAACAACCUCCCUCUCCGAAAUCCGCCAAAAAGUCUCCGCCGCGACCGCUGCGCGCGGGAGUGGGAGUGGGAGUGGAAGUGGGAAGGGAGUGACGCUGGUCGCGGUCAGCAAGACGAAACCGGCAAGCGAUUUGAUGUGCGCUUAUGAGGCUGGGCAGAGACAUUUUGGGGAGAAUAUCCAGGAGCUUGUCGAUAAAGCUGCCGAACUCCCAACCGACAUCAACUGGCACUUCAUUGGCUCCCUCCAAUCCAACAAAUGCAAAACCCUAUGCACAAUCCGCAACCUGUACGCUGUUGAGACGAUCGAUAGUGCCAAAAAAGCCGACCUAAUCAACAAAGCAUGGGACGACGAGGACGGAAAGAAACCCUUACGGGUUUUUGUGCAGAUCAAUACUAGUGGGGAAGAAUCAAAGAGCGGCGUACAACCAGACGACGCCCUCCCACUCGCCAAACACAUCGCCGAAAAAUGCCCCAAGUUGAGACUACAAGGCUUGAUGACGAUCGGGUCCCCGGAGCGGGACUCGGAUCCGGGGGCUGAGAAUCCUGAUUUCACCCUGCUCGCAAAAGUGAAAACCACCCUCGACACCGCCCACAACACCGACCUCGACCUGAGCAUGGGCAUGUCGGACGAUUUCGAGCAGGCGAUACGGCAGGGGUCGACGAAUGUGCGGGUGGGGAGCAGUAUUUUUGGGGCGAGGAGUUAUCCUGCUAAGGCUUAG